UGAGAGAUUUAGAAAUGACAGCCAACAUCUAGGAGGACUAGCUCUCUCAAAAAGUGUUUGGGUGGAGCCAAAAACAUGCCAGCUCCUGCUAACUCCUCCUUUCCCCUGAUUCCUCCUCUUCUUCUACCUCUCAAACACCCACAUUGGGCCAAUCUGCGUCAUGGUCCGGGUUGGUGGGAGGCUGCCGGGCUUCUGCUUGAGCCAGAUCGCGACCAGGGUGCGCAUGCGAUCGCCGCCGUUAGAAUCUAAGCCUGCUCAGCCUACUGGGCCUUCAGGCAAUGAAGGGAAGGAUUCAAAGGAUUCAAGUGAGAAGCGUAGUGAAGUAGUUGGCUAUGUUGGUAGGAGAGUGAUGGUCGUAUUGGAUUCAAGUGCGGAGGCUAAGUGUGCAUUGCAGUGGGCAUUGUCUCAGUCAGUGCAGAGCAGUGACACUCUGGUUCUUCUUGAUGUUGUCAAGCCAUCAAAGCAGGGUGAUCAAACAGAGAAGGAAAGAGAUGCAAAGGAUUUUCAGCUUCUUAAUGCAAUGAGGAGUGUUUGCCAAGCAAAGAGGCCUGAGGUACAAGUCGAGCUCACCCUUGUAGAAGGAAAAGACCGAGGACCAACCAUCGUCGAAGAAGCAAGAAAACAGAACAUUUCUCUGCUGGUUUUGGGUCAGAAACGACGAUCGAUCACUUGGAGGUUGCUGAUGAUGUGGGCAGGCAAUCGGAUGGAUGGAGGGGCCGUCGACUACUGCGUGCAGAAUGCCACCUGCAUGGCUCUUGCAGUGAGGAGGAAGAGCAGGAGGGGAGGUGGAUAUUUGAUUACCACCAAGAGACAUAAAGAUUUCUGGCUUUUGGCUUGAAGAUUAAUGUUAGCAAAUUAGUUUGGAGGAGGAAGUGAUUGAUUUUUUGAAGUUGGUUUCUUUUUUUUUUGUGUGAAUGCCAUUAUUGUAAUGUCUUGUAAAUGAUGUAGUUGUAGAAAGGUAAGUUCCACAUAUAUGCAUGUUGUAUGUCCUGGUGUUUUUGCAAUUGGAAAACCCACAUUUUUUGCUUAAAUUAUGAGAUGAAUAAACUGUUCAAGUGUGUUUGUAUUUGAUUGUAAAAUU